AUGCCGAGGCAGGCUCCGCUUGCCCGCCGAUGCGGCGCAGGGGCUGCGACUGGGCCUUCCUCCAUCCGCGGGUUAUGCUUCGGACUGGGGCUCACGCUUCUUGCAUCACUUUUGUGCCGCCGCGGUUCGGUGCUGGACUUCGUCGGCCAGGCCUGCCAAGGCGAGGCGCGCCAGCCGUCCCUUUGCGCUCGGCACAUUCGAGCGACCGGCAAAACCAGAUUGGCUCCCGAUGCGGCGCUUGAGCUCGACAGUGUGUGGCGAAUAGAUCCCAAGGAUUUCAAGACCGGCUGGGACUCUGAGCAGGGCAAGUGGAUAGACCUGCCAAAGAACAUGAUCAAGAAAUGGUGGCGGCAGCCUUCGUACCUGACGCCGUACGGCUACAGAUACCCGCCCAUGUGGAGCAAGAAGGACUAUGCCCUGGCAUGCACUGAGAUGAAGUUGUCCAAGAUCGAGGCAAACAUGAUCAAGGACCUGAAGGACCGAGGCAUGACCAUCGAGGAGAUCCGAGGGCGCGCGAGCGCCUUUGAGUUCAUCGAGCACAGCAAGCUUCCAAAGCUCACGCCGAAGCUCACAUUCCUGAUGCAGGUGAAGGCCCUGUGGGAGGGAAAAGACCCGGCCGAGUCGGAGCUCAUCGACAUGGCGGAUGUGUACAAGGCGGACACUGGCAAGGACUUGGAUGCAGAGGACUGA